AUUGAUAUACUUGAGAAGGCAGGAGAAAACAAAGGAUGGAGUGGUCCAAAGGCUGGGUUUCCUGAGCCAACAAAUAACACUCCAAAAGGAAUUCUGCAUUUGUCUCCUGAUGUUUAUCAAGAGAUGGAAGCCAGCCGCCACAAAGUAAUCUCUGGCACUACUCUAGGCUAUUUGUCACCCAAAGAUAUGAACCAACCUUCAAGCUCUUUCUUCAGUAUAUCUCCCACAUCGAAUAGUUCAGCUACAAUUGCCAGGGAACUCCUUAUGAAUGGAACAUCUCCUACAGCUGAAGCCAUAGGUUUAAAAGGAAGUUCUCCUACUCCCCCUUGUUCUCCAGUACAACCUUCAAAACAACUGGAAUAUUUAGCAAGGAUUCAAGGCUUUCAGGUUCACUACUGUGAUAGACAAAGUGGCAAAGAGUGUGUGACCUGUCUGACAUUAGCCCCUGUGCAGAUGACUUUCCAUGCUAUUGGAAGCUCCCUUGAAGCCAGCCAUGACCAGGCAGCUUUAAGUGCCUUGAAACAAUUUUCUGAACAAGGGCUGGAUCCAAUUGACGGGGCAAUGAAUAUUGAAAAAGGUUCUCUUGAAAAACAAGCCAAGCAUCUGAGAGAGAAAGCGGACAAUAACCAGGCACCCCCGGGCUCCAUCGCUCAGGACUGCAAGAAAUCAAACUCGGCCGUCUAGCAGCUCCCAGAACCCACGGCUGCCACCGCAUCCUUAUAAACCUGUCAGCACGCAUGAGGGUGUCUGUGUUCAGGGAAAUGAAUGACUAAUACCAUUAUUUGAGUCUUAUGUGAAGACAACACUAUUCUAACACAAGUGAUAAUAUACAUGGUACUGUUUAUUCAACUGGGGAAAAAUAAAACUUUGAGCAUUUCCCUUGGAACUUGAGAUCAGAUCAUAACUCAUUUGCCCAGAGGCAGCAGAAAUCUGAUCCUGCUACUGGAGCUUAAAAUAACAAGUAAAGAAAAGUGUUAGAAGCAGAGCUAAAAUUUUUAAAUGAUUAAUAGAGAAGUGGGGAUUGGUUCUGUUGUUAUGAUUGUUUUGUCGUGGCACUUGUGUUCAGUUAUACUCUCUCGCUCCCAUUUUAAAUAAUGCUUGACAGUUCAAAAAUUAACCAAUGAUGUGCUGUGGAAUGUGAUGGUUGUUGUCUUCAUAUAGCGUCACACAGUUUCUCUUUUUAGGCAGUUCUUUGUAAUCUUCAUCCUAUAUCAGUAUGAAUAACAUUAAGGUGCACUGCAGAAAGAGGAAUGCAAACAGACAUGUUUUAAAUCAGGUCAGGUAUUUGAUUAAAAAGAUGAACUAAUGUUAGGAACAAGUAGUUUCCAUAUACUCCAGAAAUUUAAAAAAGCAAAACAAAACAAAGCCGUCGUGGGCUUUGAGCUCCAUAUCCCCUUAGUAAUUAUGGGGGCGUCUUGCCUCCACACCUCAUUUUCCUGGCUUCCACUCUGUCGUGGGACCCACGCCCACCCCCAUCCGUGUGUUGUGGCCACUCACGGUUUGCAUCAAGAGUGUUUGUAGUAAUUGCCUCUGGACUUGGGACAGUGGUAGGAUCCAAAUCAAUCAUGUACACGGCUGGCAAGGGAAAGCCUUUUGGAGUUGCUUCCAGCCAGCCACGCUCUGGGCCAGCAUGUUGGAAUCGGCGUGGAGCAAAUACAGUAAAAAUUUGGUCAGUUUCUGUGUGAA